CCUAACAAGAUUGGUGGAGAAACAGCAAGCGUGGUAUACUUGUAGCAUUCUUUUCAAACUACUAGUACGUACUGCAUUUCGAAAGGGCUGUUCUAUUUGAAGGGCAGCCUGAAAUCAUACAAAUCAUAGGCAUGCAGGGAGGGGAAACCACCCUUAGAAAACCCGCACCCCUUCUGCAGCCUCAUGAGAUUAGUACUACAUGUGAGUAAAACACUCCUUACGGG